CAUUAAUAUCAUAAUCACUAGAUCCUGCAAAUUCGUAUUCCUGUCGCGUCUAUCUUCUUUUUCCACCUUUCUUUUGCGGCUUGAUUUUCCGAGAAGGCCCAACUGUGCAUGCACCAUCCAUUUAGUCAGCGUUAUUAUUCUGUCGCUAUUCGAGCAUGGCAAUAGCGACCUCGUAGAUAACAUUGAUCUGCUCCACUGUCUAAUUCUUUUAUGAGAGAUCGAUAUGGGCCUAGAGGCGCUCUUGUGCGCGUGUUUACGGAGCCAUCCAAAUCGGAACGACGGAGGAAUUGCUCGGGGACAAUUAUGAUUUCCUGUAACUUAGUCUUGAAGGGCGAAGGCGAAGGCGACGGCGAUGGGGGAGACGAGAGCGAUGGGUAUCUAGAAUUAAACAUACUAGUGGGCGAGGCAUUGUGUUGUGUGAUGCUGGUCGAGACUUGCAACCUGCUUGUUGUUGGCCAACACUUUACGGACGUCCAAAUAACGGACAUAGCACAAGGCGCGGCAAUUGCUAUCGGUGCCUGCGCCCUGCCUCGGCUUCACAGCACUAAGCGACCUUCAACAAAGUCGGUCGUCGGUUGGUGCUCGUUGUGCGCCCCGAUGCCUGCGUUGCACCGUGCACCAGCGCCCAAUAGCAUCGUAGUCGGCUUACCUCGUAUCCCUUCCCUUCGCUUGUGUCGCAUUCAUCAGGUAAAUCCAAACAUUUGGCUUUUUGCGGUCUGCCUGACGGAGGCUUUCUCGUUCAAUAUUCAACAUGUGUUUCCAAAGAUAGACUAUGACGGAGCUGUGUUCUACGUUGCCCCAGACAACAUAUGUGCCGAGGAGGUCCUUUGAAAUCCCUUUAACCGCGAUCGAAUAGGCACAGUCCCUCACGCCAACGAUGGCAAAGAAGUUUCGAUAGUCGUAAUGGCACAGAAGGUCAAAAGUCCGCCGUACCUCUCAAGCGUCGGCGGACGCAGUGGUAACGAUGUGAUUCGCAAUACAAGCUUCUCGAGAAAUGAUCAAUGCUACUCAGAGCAGACGCGAAAGGUGGAUGUACAGA